AUGCGCCACUUCGACCCGCGGAGGCACACCACGGAGGACGUGGUGCGUGGGGCGAUCGUUCCGCUGUCCGCCGCGAGCCGGUCGUCGAUGGUCGAGAUCCUGAUGGGAGGUCCCGUGGAGCCAGAUACCAUGGUCACGCACAAUUGGGGCAACCUCUUCGUCGACCUGGUCGCAGCAGUCGUGUCCAGCACCCUCGGGGACAAGGAGUACUUUAUGGUCUGGCACAUGCUCGUCCACGACGUCGACACGCUCCAGGAGUGGAUCGACCGGGCAGGCGUGGGAGGACGCACCUUCUGGGUGUGCGCAUUCUCGGUGAACCAGCACUACAACAUCUGCUCGGUGAAUUCUGAGCAGCGGAGGGAUACUGUUUCGGGCAAAGAGUACGCCCUUUGCAAGUGCGGCGCGCCAAAGGCCUUCAACAAGACGCCUCCCCUUACGGACGAAGGUGAGAGCGUGGAUUGCGAAUUGAACAAGUUCGACCCGAUGAUGCUAUUGCUCUCCCACGGCAACCCGCACUUUUCGCACCUUGUUGCUGUCGACAAGCGCUUCGACAUCUUCACGCGGGCGUGGUGCAUCGCGGAGAUGGCGGCGGCCCACUCCGUGGGCAUGCGCCAGUCGCUGCAGCUGCCCUCGCGCUCGAUCCUGGAGAAGAGGCAGGGCAUGCUCGCCCAGCUUCAGAUCACCCACAUGCGGGCGAGCCGGCUGGAGGACCGGGAUGAGAUCCUGAGCCGCAUCCCAGACCACGAUGCGUUCGACAGGAACCUCCGCGCGCUGCUCCUCGAGCGGCUGAUUCCGUCAUGGAACAAGCUGGACUCGUCAGACCAGCUUCGUCAUGCGGGCCGCAUCGCACGCUGGCAGCUCGCGUCACGCGCGUCCGCGGCUUCCACCACCAUCUGGUUGGACUUCUACGAGGCACCCAGGAUCCUGAUCGAAGAAUUUGGCCACGGCAUCGGCGGCACGGGAAGCCGGAGCCCAGAGGAUGGUUUGGAGUCCAAGUGCUUUAUGGCUCUGCGGUUAGGUGUGCACCGCAGUGCUGACACCACAGCAGGCGCAGCUCAGACGGAGCUCGGCUCUUCCAGGCUGCCGCCCGAGAGCGGCCCGAAGCCCGCAAAGAUGCCCCCGCCAGACCGCGGCAAGUUUCGUGCCCUCUCCAUUCCACAAGAGCCGCAAGUGCCGCCUGAGGCCUCCGAAGAGACCCCGCCAGACUGCGUCAAGCAUGCGAGCAGUUUCGUGCGCUCCCCACUCCACCAGACCAGCCAGUGCCGCCUGAAGCCUCCAAGGAGGCCUCGCCAGACCGGGCACGUAUUCGAGCACCGUGAUACUCCUUUGGGUGGCGUCGCCUCCACUUGCAGCGUGAAGGUCAUUUCGAAAGUGUGCUUGGAGCAUUUCCGCAUUAUUUUCGGCGAGAGGCGCGGCUCCGAGCUGGAGGGCGAGCUGCAGAGGCUGCGUGCCCUCUCUGAGGACGGGGCGGCCUGGGCAGGAGAUCAGGAGUCGUCCAACAAGUACCAGGAGCAGCUCACCAAGCUCACGACGCGUCCCGUUGUUCCCGUGCCGCUGGAGCAGCGUGUGGCUCAGUGUCAGCGGGAGCGGGCCCGCUUGGCCAAGAAGCUUCAGUACGAGCUUGAUAAGUUGGACAACUGGGAGUUGGAGAUGGAGAAGCAGCGCACGCACAUUGCCUCCAUCUCCGAGCAGCUCACGCGCCAGGCGCCCAAACUCAAUAUCGAAGAUAUGGUCGCUGGCAAGUUCGACUCGAUCUCGGCGGGCCUCCUCGCCGCGGCCGCGGAGGAGGCGUCCCAGCUGCGCGAGCGGCUGCGCGCGUCGGAGGCGCUGGCGUCGGAGCGCGAGGCCCUGUCGCGCGCGGACGCCGAGGCCGCCGCCCGGCGGGCGGCCGAGGCGUUGCUGGCCGGGCACCGGGAGGAGGCGCGGCGGCAGUGCGAGCGGGCGGCGAUGCUGUCGGCGCACCUGUCUAGGGUGCUGCCGCCCGUCAGCUCGGCCUGCCGCGUGCGGCCGGCAGGACAGCUACGGCAAGGACGCCUCGGCGCCAAAGGGGCAGAGGACGAAGACGUCCCUCGCCAUCGACGGCUGCGACGUCGUCGUGGAGUGCGCGGCCGGGCGCUCGGGAGGUUCCGUGUCGAUCCGGCGCGGCCUCGACGGGACGCCACCAGGAGGACUCUUCCAGGACCUCUUUCACGCGGCGGCGCCUUGGGUCGAGAACGUGGCCCACGACGGCGCCUCCUGCGUCUUCGCCUACGGCGCCACGGGCUCAGGCAAGACGCACAGCAUCCUCGGCAAGCCAGGCUCCCCGGGCGGCCCCCCGUCGCCGGGCCUGGCGCACCACGCGCUGCGGCACCUCAUGCAGGGCUCCGGCGCCGAGAGCGGCGCGCCUGGCGUGCGCAGCGUGCGCCUGUCCAUGCUCGAGGUGUACUGCGAGCAGAUCCGCGACCUCCUUGCGCCAGUGGUAGACGGCGGAGGCCCCCCGGUCCUCCAGUGCUCCCGCCGCGACGGGCGCGGCCGCAUGGCGCUGGACUCCACAGAGGUUGUCGCCUCCUGCAUCGACGAGGCGGAGGAUGUGCUGCGCAGAGGUUUCCGCAGCAGGAAGACGGAGGGCACGCUGUGCAACGAACAGUCCUCGAGGUCUCAUGUGGUGCUGACGGUCCAGGUCGAGGGCGCUUCGCCCGCCCCCGCGCAUGGCCCCGCCGGGCGCCUCGUGCUCGUGGACCUCGCGGGCAGCGAGAACGUCCAGCGCAGCGGCGCCGACGAGGGCGGCCAGCUCCUCGUCGAGGCCCGGGCCAUCAACCGCAGCCUCAGCGCGCUGGGCGACGUCAUCGAGGCCACGGCGAAGCAGCAGGCCUUCGUGCCCUACCGCAACUCGCGCCUCACGAUGCUCCUGGAGGAGCCGCUGUCGUCCUCCCGGGUGCUGCUGCUCGCCCACGUGAGCCCCAUGGCGCGAGACGCCACG